GGGCGCCGGCGGGUUGCUCGGGCUGCCGCCAUCUUAGUUAAGGGUAACUCUAGGGUCCUGAAGGAGGUGACGUCGACGAGGAGAAGCGGAAGUCGAACCCAGGUAGCAACGGGGCCCGGCUUUGUGACGGCGACGAGCCUGCCCUGACUCCGCCCCAACGCAAGAAAGGAGCCGGCGAUGGCAGCAGAGCGGGGGUCUGCGCGGGACAGAGCAGGCGGGCGGCAGAACCGGGCCGGGCCCGAGCCAACCGAGCCGGACUGAGCGAGGCCGAACCGAGCGGAGCCAUGGGCGAGGCGCGGCCAUCCGACGCUGCCCAGGCCUCGUCCCCCCCGCGGGCCCGGCGGGCCGCCCUCCCCCUGUCCCAGCUGUUGCUGCGGGCCAUCGCCGGAGCCCCCGGCCGCAGGGGACUCUCUCUGGCCCGGCUCAGGAAGGAGUUUCAGGACGCCGGCUACAACGUGCGCAGGACGGCGGGCGGCUCCGACUCCCAGGGGGCUCUCCUGAGGAUCAACGGCCGGGGGAUUUCGGGCACCUACAGGGUCUGCCAGGGCCCGAAGCCCAGCAUCACGCUCCAGUCGAGGGACGAGGCCGAGCCGAGGGGCAAAAUCGAGGGGCAGGACGGAAUCAAGCCGAGGGGCAAGGCCAAGCCGAGGGGCAAGGCCAAGCCGAAGGGCAAGGCCAAGCCCCGGAUUCCAAGGGCCCAGCAGAAGGCCGGGGCCCAAGCGAGGGUCGAGGCCAAAAGGAGGAGGACGGCGCCGCGGACCUCGAGGGGUCCCCCGGAGGACCGGAUGGCGGGUCGGAAGGGCAGGACCUCGGAGCCGCCGGCCUCGCUCCGCCGGCCCGCGAAGACCCCAAAGGCCCCCGGCCGCCCCAAGGCCAACGGGAAAGGGAGCCCGAGCCACUGCAAAGCCCAGGGCCCGGCCAAGCGGAGGAAGACCCCCGCCCCGGACCCGGGGAGCCUCCCCCGAGGCAAGGAAGCGCGAAGGAGGAGGUCCGCUCCCACCCGCCUCGGCUCCGCCCCAGCCCGGGGAAACUCUACUCGAAAAGGCCCGAAAGGGGCCAGGGUCGGUCAUCGCGGUAAUUAAAGUCGCUAUCCUAGCGGGACAAUAAAGCUGGGUGACCUUCCCGGCAACGGCUCCCUUCA